CUGUGCUGGCAGGGAUUGUCUCUGUUCACUAGACUCUGCUGUCACCAACUCACUGUGGAGUCGAAUUCACACUCCUUCGUCCUUCCCUUCCAACCAAAGCUUUUAAUUUUUCACAUUUCAACUCAAAAACCGUCCACAGUACUCCAUCUAUAUCUAUGUACUACCAAGAUUUGCACAGAAAAUCCAUUCAGAUCUGCUUCAAUCUCGUUGUAAUUGUAAGUUAAUCGUGGCCCUUUCUUCUCCUCUUCGUUUUCCUCAUUUUCCUUCCAUUGCUGGAUUAAUUGAGCUUGAAAACCCGAAGAAGUAUUUAGGGUAAAAAGAACCCUAAACCUAGAUUUUGUUCAGUGUCAUUAUUGGUCGUUUUGUUGAUUUCAAGAUCUCAUCGGAUAUACGACUUGGGUUUUCUACAUUGAAGAAAACCCAUGAAGGAAUCAACCCCACGUACCGAGCCGAUAGGGCAAAACUUGAUAAAGCUAGUAAGCAACUUUUGCUUCUCAGUGUUCGUGUUCUCGGUGCUAAUAUUCACUGUGAUUGCGAUCACCUACCAGCCUCCAGACCCUUGGCUGGAGUCUGCUCCAGCCCUAACAAAGCUAUUCACCGAAACUGAAAAUGCAACAUUCAAAAUUGACGGUUCUAUUCUAAAAACCGGCGAGGAUUUGGUUGCUGUGCCUCCUGGGUCGGUCCCUGCUGUUGAAUCUACAGAAAUCGUUACUGAGGCGGUGAUUGAGAACUCUGAAGAGACAAUCACAAAUUCGACUCCCAAACCUGCAUCAGACUGUGAAGACUUAACGGUUGUGAAUUGCUCGGAUCCGCGGGUUUUAAUUGCUGUGGAGAAGUUUAACCUGAAGUGGUUCAAGUCUAUUGUGUUCAUGGAGUAUCAGACACCCGUUAAUGGUUCAAAACCGAAUGAAUGUGAUGUGGCAUGGAGGUUCAGAAAUAGAAAGGAAAAAUCUUGGAGGAAGUACAGGGAUUUUAGGAGGUUUGAGAUUGGAAUUGGAGUGAAUUGUUCCUAUAAAGUGGCGCACGCAACUGGUUGGCAUUCGGGCCUUAAUGCUCGACGUGCUAGGAGUAGGUUCAAUGGAACCAGGAGUGGGGGCAAUGCAAAAAUUGCACCUGCUGUUCGUGAUCCUGAGAUCAAUGAUACAAUACAAACCUUGGGAUCAGAGUCUAACUUCAGGAAGGGAAAGUACUUGUACUAUUCACGUGGAGGUGAUUAUUGUAAGGGAAUGAAUCACUACAUUUGGAGUUUUAUGUGUGGAUUGGGGGAGGCAAUGUACUUGAAUAGAACAUUUGUGAUGGAUCUGAGUAUAUGCUUGUCAGGGGCUUACACUUCAAGUGGUAAGGAUGAGGAAGGAAAGGAUUUUCGGUUUUAUUUUGAUUUUAAGCAUCUUAAGGAGGCGGCAUCCAUCGUUGAGGAGGCAGAGUUUUUGGGAGACUGGAAGAAAUGGGAUCGCUCACACAAGCGCAAAGUACCAGUUAGGAAAGUUGUGACUCAUAAAGUGGCACCGAUGCAACUUAAGAAAGACAAGAGCACAAUUAUAUGGAGGCAGUUUGAUAGUCCUGAGCCAGAGAAUUAUUGGUAUAGGGUCUGUGAAGGGCAAGCUGCAAAGUACAUCCAGAGGCCGUGGCAUGCAAUCUGGAAAUCCAAAAGGUUGAUGAAUAUAGUUACUGAGAUCAGUGGGAGAAUGGACUGGGAUUUUGAUGCAGUUCAUGUAGUUAGAGGAGAGAAGGCCCAGAAUACGGAGCUUUGGCCAAACUUGGAUUCUGAUACAUCACCUGAUGCUUUGCUUGCCAAGCUCAGAGGGAUGAUUCAGCCUUGGAGGCAUCUAUAUAUAGCAACCAAUGAGCCAUUUUAUGGUUACUUUGACAAAUUAAGGUCUCAGUACAAGGUGCAUUUACUUGAUGAUUACAAAGAAUUGUGGGGAAAUACGAGUGACUGGUACUAUGAGACGAGGCUUUUGAACAAUGGACGACCAGUUGAACUUGAUGGGUUCAUGAGAGCUGCUGUGGAUACUGAGGUUCUUUACAGGGCAAAGACACAGGUGGAAACAUUUUAUAAUUUGACCAAAGAUUGCAAGGAUGGAAUUAAUACAUGCUGAUCAGGUUGGAAUACAUCUUAUUGUUUUUUCCCAUGGAUUGCUUCAUAUCUCUUGUUAUAUUUACCAUGUUGAUUCAGUUACAGAUGAAAUCAUUAAGUUGGUUUUGAGCUUUUUGUUGUAUUUUAUUGUUAUUUUAUUGUACUGAAAAAUUGGCAGUUCCUGUUGUUCAUGAGAGGCUAGCAUAUGUAAUUAUAUUCAACUCCUUUUGUUUUUUCUUUUGCUUGGAUCUCUUGUGCAUUCUUCAAUAUCAUUCACGUGGCGGAUGGGUGUUUCUUUUU